UCCGGAAGUAGGAGGAAGUACAAGUGCUGAGUCAGCCGAGGUGAGUGACCUCGCAGGUGGGCGGGGCCUGGGUUCGCUUCCCCAACCUCCUCGGCGUCGCGGACUCCGACGUCUCCGCCGGGCCGUCCUUUGGAUCCUCCUCGUGUCGCCGAUUCUGAGACUGAGGCGGAAGGUGGUGGGGCUUCCCCACCUGCCCCGCAGAAGAUGCAGUUCCUCGGCCGCCUGGUCAAUACCCUCAGUACCGUCACUAACUUGUUCUCUAACCCAUUCCGGGUGAAGGAAGUGGCUGUGGCCGACUAUGCCUCAAGCGGCCGGGUUCGGGAGGAAGGGCAGCUGAUCCUGUUCCAGAACGCUCCCAGCCGCACCUGGGACUGCGUCCUGGUCAACUCCAGGAACUCACAGAGUGGAUUCCGACUCUUCCAGCUGGAGGUGGAGGCAGAUGCCCUGGUGAACUUCCAGCAGUAUUCUUCCCAGCUGCUGCCCUUCUAUGAGAGCUCCCCACAGGUCCUGCAAACUGAGGUCCUGCAGCACCUGACCGACCUCAUCCGCAACCACCCCAGCUGGUCAGUGGCCCACCUGGCCGUGGAGCUCGGGAUCCGUGAGUGCUUCCAUCACAGCCGCAUCAUCAGCUGUGCCAAUAGCACGGAGAAUGAGGAGGGGUGCACUCCCCUGCACCUGGCCUGCCGAAAGGGCAAUGAGGAGAUCCUGGUGGAGCUGGUGCAGUACUGCCACGCCCAGAUGGAUGUCACUGACAACAAGGGAGAGACUGCCUUCCAUUACGCUGUCCAGGGUGACAAUUCCCAGGUGCUGCAGGAAUUCAAACGAAGCAAACCGAACUCUCUCCGGUUCCUGUCAGCAUUUGUGCCAGAGGCCCUCCUGUUAAUGUUUUUGAUUACCUGUGGGCAAGCAGAUGAGCUCCUCGGAAAGAACGCAGUGGCUGGCCUGAAUCAGGUGAAUAACCAAGGGCUGACCCCGCUGCACCUGGCCUGCCAGCUGGGGAAGCAGGAGAUGGUCCGCGUGCUGCUGCUGUGCAAUGCUCGCUGCAACAUCAUGGGUCCCAACGGCUACCCCAUCCACUCCGCCAUGAAGUUCUCUCAGAAGGGGUGUGCGGAGAUGAUCAUCAGCAUGGACAGCAGCCAGAUCCACAGCAAAGACCCCCGUUACGGAGCCAGCCCCCUCCACUGGGCUAAGAACGCAGAGAUGGCCCGCAUGCUGCUGAAACGGGGCUGUGACGUGAAUGGCACCAGCUCUGCAGGGAACACGGCCCUGCACGUGGCAGUGAUGCGUAACCGCUUCGACUGUGCCAUGGUGCUGCUGACCCACGGGGCCAACGCGGAUGCCCGCGGUGAGCACGGCAACACCCCGCUGCACCUGGCCAUGUCGAAAGACAAUGUGGAGAUGAUCAAGGCCCUCAUUGUGUUUGGAGCAGAAGUGGACACCCGGAAUGACUUUGGGGAGACUCCUACACUCCUAGCCUCCAAGAUCAGCAAACAACUGCAGGAUCUCAUGCACAUCUCUCGGGCCCGGAAGCCAGCCUUCAUCCUGGGCUCCAUGAGGGACGAGAAGCGUAGCCAUGACCACCUGCUGUGCCUGGAUGGAGGAGGAGUGAAAGGGCUGGUCAUCAUCCAGCUCCUCAUCGCCAUCGAGAAGGCCUCGGGUGUGGCCACCAAGGACCUGUUUGACUGGGUGGCGGGCACCAGCACUGGGGGCAUCCUGGCCCUGGCCAUUCUGCACAGUAAGUCCAUGGCCUACAUGCGCGGUGUGUACUUUCGCAUGAAAGAUGAGGUGUUCCGGGGCUCGAGACCCUACGAGUCAGGGCCUCUGGAAGAAUUCCUGAAGCGGGAGUUUGGGGAGCACACCAAGAUGACAGACGUCAAGAAACCUAAGGUGAUGCUGACAGGGACACUGUCUGACCGGCAGCCAGCUGAACUCCACCUCUUCCGGAACUAUGAUGCUCCAGAAACUGUCCGGGAGCCUCGUUUCAACCAGAACGUUAACCUCAGGCCUCCAACUCAGCCCUCAGACCAACUGGUGUGGCGGGCAGCCCGAAGCAGUGGGGCAGCCCCCACUUACUUCCGACCCAAUGGACGCUUCCUGGAUGGCGGGCUGCUGGCCAACAACCCCACGCUGGACGCCAUGACCGAGAUCCAUGAGUAUAAUCAGGACCUGAUCCGCAAGGGUCAGGCCAAGAAGGUGAAGAAACUCUCCGUUGUUGUCUCCCUGGGGACAGGGAGGUCCCCACAGGUGCCUGUGACCUGUGUGGAUGUCUUCCGUCCCAGCAACCCCUGGGAACUGGCCAAGACUGUUUUUGGGGCCAAGGAACUGGGCAAGAUGGUGGUGGACUGUUGCACAGAUCCAGACGGGCGGGCUGUGGACCGGGCCCGGGCCUGGUGCGAGAUGGUCGGCAUCCAGUACUUCAGAUUGAACCCCCAGCUGGGGACGGACAUCAUGCUGGAUGAGGUCAGUGACACAGUGCUGGUCAACGCCCUCUGGGAGACCGAGGUCUACAUCUAUGAGCACCGAGAGGAGUUCCAGAAGCUUAUCCAGCUGCUGCUGUCACCCGGAGGGCCUCCGGCCUCACAACAGCCCAGCUGACCUCGUCCACUCAGCCCCUGCUGGGGAGCCCAGGCCAGGCCCAGCCACUGCCCUCCUGGGCAGAUCCGGGCCCAGGCAGCUCUGCGUCCAUAGACCGGGCCUGGGAGGGUCCCAAGCUGCCUGCCUGAGGCUGGUCAUGGAGGCCACUCUCCCCCAACCCCCUGUUCCAGCACUUCUGUCAUGUCAGGCUGGGAAAGUCUAGAGCUCCCGUUGGCCCCUUUCCCUGACUGUGAAGGACAGCUGACUCCCCCAUCAGCUCAGACACUAAGGGUACCCGGGCGCAACCAUACCCUGCCGCAGCCCCAGCCUCCAGCAAGGGCACUCCCAGGCUUCCUGGAGGGUGCAACCCACUUCCUCUGCCCUCUGCCCUGUUCCCAGGAGUCUGGAGCUAGAGAAAUGGGGUGUCUCCCACCCCAUCGGCCUGGCCGCAGGAGCGGGAUGCCUGUUGGACUUUGCCUCUCACUCUGACCCAGCCCCUCAGCUGCCCAACCCCAAGAACUCUCAGCUCUCAAAGGUCACUCCGGGGAGCUUAUUCUUCCCAAUGGAAGUGGCUUAAGAGCCAGAACUAUGAAAUAAACCAUUUGGAUUCAAGUUCA